UUUUACAUAUUCAGAUGCUUGUUAACAACUAAGGCAAAACCAGUCAUGAAGAUUAUACAAGACAUCUUUUGCCUCAUUCUGAAGUUUCGUACCCAGUUAGUGUCAUAUCCAUGGCAACGUGACCCGGAAAGUGGGUCCCUCUACCACCCUGCACAAAGUCACAUGGUGCACAGUUACGAACAGUUCAAGGAGUUCUCUACUUUCCUCUUCAAAGUUGUAAACAAGCUGGCAUUGCGUGGGUACCAACAACAUCUACAGGAGCUGCUUUUAAGGUUAAACUUCAACAACUACUAUAAAGGAGAUGGACAGUCUUCACUACCCAGAACAUGAUUCAGUUGUCUUUAUUUAUUUAUUUAUUUAUUUAUUUAUUUAUUUAUUCAAAAUAAAACAAUUCAAAUUAGGUUGGCCAUUCAAAAACAUUAUUCAGCAGGAACCAAUUCUGACAAAACGUAGAUGCAAAAACUGCCUUCAAGAUUGGACGCUCAGAAGAAUGCAGCUUUUUUCUUUUUUUGUAUAAUUGAAUUGAAACAACAUGAUAUAUUAAAAUUAAAUAAAGUCUGGAAUGACAAGACGCAUAUUCAGUAGGAACCAGUAUUAAUAUACCUAUUGUAAAGUAGGGAGAAAUAGAAAUUGAUAACCUAAAGGGAUAAUAACGCUUCAUUUUGGCAAAAAAAAUGAAUUUUCCCAUACUUACCAGUGGUUAAUGAAUCCAUUUUUACAUUCAAAGUUAG